CAAGGGGCGUGGAGUGGAAGAAGAUUGGGGAAAUGGGAGGUGGCAGCUCCAGCAAGUACAGUUGCGGCAGUGCUUCUGAAACCCUAGAAUGGAUACACGCUAUUCACCAAUUUCUCACUCCAUAUUCUUUCCUAAUCAAUGCUCACGUAGUCAAUUUCUUCAAUGAUCGACUCUGGGAAGCUAUCGAUGAAGAUUGGAUUGAUUGCCUCAAGAAUGAGCCUGUGGACCAUCUUCUCCAGAUCCCAUCUGGAAUAUUCCAGGAUCACUGGCCUCCUUCGCUUCAGCAAUUUGUCAUUGCUUUAAGCUCCCUUGUGCUUCCUCGACAUCAGGCAGGGUUGCAGUCGAUAUUGCCCAACACGGGCAUGACUUCACUUGAUAGUGUUCUUACUCAGGGCAUGAAUAUGAAGAAAAAACAUGAGGUAGAGGUUCUUUCUGCUGUUGUGGAUUCAAUUGCAAACAGUGUGGGAGCUGAUACAAUAGUAGAUGUUGGUUCUGGUCAGAACGAAUCAAGAAGCACUAUGCAGCUCAGAUGCAUAAAUCUGGGGAGUAGAAGUUUGAAUGUGCCAAAGACUGUAACAUGCCGUGUAAUGUCUGCCGACAUGUUGAAAGCCGUGAAUGAGAUGUUACUGUAUGAAGAUGAUGUUCAGCGUCCACAGCAGAUUGGACAAAGCGUAAGCCAACCUUCUCAUGCAGGACUAGAUAAGAGAAGAUUGCCAUCUUUGUGUGAUGUAGAUAAUGAGUCUUCAUUUGUUCUUGCUGGACUUCACGCAUGUGGAGACCUUUCAGUAACAAUGCUUAGGACAUUUUUGGAGUGCAAAGAAGUUAAAGCAGUGGUUAGCAUUGGUUGUUGUUACAACUUACUAUCUGAAGAAGUAUGUGAGAGUUCUGCUUCCCAAUGUGGUUUUCCAAUGAGUACCGGUAUUAAAUCUGCUGGCUUAUCACUUGGAAAAAGUUCACGCGACCUUGCUUGUCAGAGUGCAGAGAGAUGGAGUGUCAUGGGAAAGGAUGCUGGUCUUCAUAAUUUUGAGUUGCAUGCUUUCCGGGCUGCCUACCAGAUGGUUCUCUAUAGGUAUUAUCCAGACGUUUUGAUUACAAGCCCUGCUAUAGGGCGUCAAGGGAAAGCUUUGCGCCGCCAACAGCAAAGGAGGAAUUUGGAGUCUUCCCUGCAUCCUGAAAAAGAUGACAAAGCAGCUUUUGCAAUGGAGAAAGAUUCCUUAUUUCAAGGGAUUUCUUCUGAUGAGACUACCAUAUCUGACGCAAUUAAUUCUGUUGAUAAGUAUUCCCUCUUUGAGAAAUUUUGCAAGUCUGGGUUGUGCCGCCUUGGUCUCAAACCUUUGCCAGAUGUGAAUUUUAAAGAAGUGUGGGAGGAAGCUGCACCAUUUGCUGAAUUUAUUGGACCUUAUUGGUCUCUUCGUGCUGCUUUAGGACCUCUUUUGGAAACACUUAUUCUGCUUGAUAGAUUAUUGUUCCUCCAAGAGCAAGGCAGUUCAGUGGAGGCAAUCAUGUUGCCUAUUUUUGAUCCUGUAUUAUCCCCAAGGAAUGUCGCCAUAAUUGCAAAGAAAAGAAAUUGACACAAAUUUGAGAAGCAUUGAGUUAGAUACGGUGCAACUUGCAUGCAGGUUGAUUGCUGAAUUUCAUUGGAGUGUGCUUGUCUUGUGUUUCUUCUGGUGGGAAUGAACAGGUGUAUGACCAGUCUUUCCCUACAAAUCUCUAUUGCUUAGGAGGUUGGAAUGAGUAGGACGGCUUUGUUUGCAUUCCAACUUUCACCAGAAACACCUUUGAAGCUUGACCCAUUCCAUGAAUUCCUCUUGAACUCAUAAAAUUUUCAAAGAAACUACAACACAAGCCAAGGUACUAUCAACUUGGUACAUUGUAUUAGUUUAAUCGUUAGCUGAAGUAGACAGAUGGUAGAGUCUGAUUUAUUUAUUGGUCUGUAUCUGAGGAAGAAGAUUCUUCUAACUAAUUUGUGGAGAGGAAGACAUUGCAUUUUGUUAAACUAAUAGGGGGAUCACACUUGUUCACAUUUGACUGACUUUUUGUCUCUUUUAGAAAGUUGUAGUCUUGAUUGGAUUAGUCUUUGGAAUCCAAGUAGUAUUUUUGCCCGUGAAA